AUGCUGCAUCUCGUGCGCUUUGUCUUGCUGUGGUAUUCGCAUCUUCUCGCGUGGUACCACUGGUUUCUGGCGCGGGCGUGGACGUCGCUGGAUGAGCUGCAAGAAGACGAUGUGGACCUCGAGGCCGAGGGAACGCCACAUGCUGACGCGGAGGCUACGACACUUGCGCCAGUGACGUCGACUUUGCUGUCCACGGACGAGGUCCGCAGCGACAACCAAGUCGAUGACACGCCAUCGGCGACGCCAGACUCGCUCGACACAGUGUUGCACAUGAUUGACGGCUACAUCGACUGGCUCGCAGCAUCGCCGCGCGAGCUCAUCGAGGUCGACAACAACAGCAACAACAACCAAGCCGAAGGCGACGACGGAAAGGUCAAAGGACGAGCCGAUUUGACGCCCGAAGUCGACACCGAGAUUGGGAUGACGACAACGACGUUAGCCAGGACAAAACCACCGGCGAACCAGACACGAAGCAAGCCGCCGACAUCCAAGCUCGGUCAUUUGGCCGCUGUCGCGCCAGCCAAGGGAGCGAAGCGGCCACUUAGAGCAGGCGCCGAAAGCGACGCCCGCCCGCGCUUUGUGACCGUGUCCCGCAAGCGCAGUUACUUUUCAAAGGCUUAAAGGAGGUAAACUGCAUUGGCGCCCUCGAG